AAUAAAACUCAAGAACAAGUACAAAGUUGGUGGCUUACUUACCAAAUUCACUCAUCUACAAGUCCCAUUUUCCUCAUCCAUUUUCUCGCUAUAACUAUCUAAAACCACCACCUCAAUCUCUCUCCUUUUUGGUUUACCAAUUGUGAGGCAAGAUCCUCUCUCUCUCUCUCUCUCUCUCUCUCAUGCCUCGUUAAAAAGAUCAAAAACCCAUAUAAUACCCCAGUCACUACUACUAAUAUCAAUUUCAUAUACAAAUCAUCUCUUACAAAGUUACAAUGGCUUCUAUUAUCCUCCCAAAACACAAGUUCUUCUGCCUUACUCUUCUUCUCAUUGCAGCUUGUUGCUCCUACUCAGGAUACGCAGAGGACAACCCAGCGCAGACGUUUGUGACAGCCUUGGCAUGUUUCAGCAACAAGUUUAUUUAUGCUGGUUGUAAUGAAGCAUACAGAUUGAAUGAGAGUGGAGAAUUUAACGUGCCUCCUGAAGCAACUAAUUCGUUCUGCCGUGGACCAUGUUUUGAAGAGACGCAACAAGUUCUGAACUGCGUCGAUAGAAUGUUUUCAAACUUCGUUUUCGGCAAUAGAGCAACACUGCCAGAGCUGAGAAGUGCACUUCGUGCUGGCUGCAGCUACACAAAUCAAAUAGGGAGGUUCAAUGGUUUUGGGCCCUUUGGUCAGUACCAAGGUGAAACAAGCAGUGCACAGAAGCUACCAAAGUUCGUCAGUUUUUUCACGUUCUUAAUUGUUACCGGGUUCUGUCUCUUCAUCCUACACUGACCAUGUGAUAACGUCAAAACUUCACGCGCGCGACCGACACCAGCACAUCUCCUAAACUUAAAACCGCACCAUAUACACCAUUUAUACUCGACUGCCAUAACGUACUGCAAUCUAGUGUUACAUGAACAAUCAUAGAUUACUCCUACGACGAAAGAUCUUGUAUGUUGUGGUUUGUAACAAGUUAUUUUUCUUUCGAUA